UUUCUCAUCUUUUGUAUUAAUUGCACCAUCUGUACUUUUUUCUAUCAGCGACUGUGAUUUAAUAAAUUAAAGAAUAUUUAAUGAGGAGAUAAUGUCAGAUCUGAAAAUGAAAGAAGCAGCUCUUGUUUAUCUUGACAGAAGCAGAGGCCUCCAAAAAUUUAUUAAAGAUUGCGAGCGUUAUAAUGAUUCAAAGCAAAGUUAUGCUGUCUAUCGAUUCAAUAUUUUAAUAAAUCCAUCUGAUGUUGUCGAAUUAGAUGCUGAACUUGGGAAUCAUAUUUUACACCACCCUUUGAAAGCUGCUAAAGUUUUUCAGUCAGUUUGUUUCAUUGCUGUUAAGACUCUUUCAUUAAUUGGCCAAUUACAGACUGAAACUCAAAUUAAUAUAGUGCUGAAAUUAACACAUUUACCUCCUCUGCCAAGUUAUGGCCUUGAUCUUUGUAAAUUUCCACUGGACUAUACAUCUCAGAGAUUUUAUGUGAUGCAAGGAAUUGUAAUUGCAAUGACAACUGUAACCAAGUAUACACAGGGUGCCAGGUUCCUUUGCUCAGAUGAAGCAUGUCCUCUUUCACAAGGAUUUCAGUAUAUAAGAGUCCAUGUGCCUGGGGCUACAGAAUCUGCAACAGUGAGAAACGACUUCCUAUGUCAUCUCUGUGCUUCUUCACUUCAAGAAGACAGAAAAUUUAGAGUACUUGGUGAUAAACAGAUUGUUGAAGUAAUUGCCACGAAGGCACUUCAUGCUUUUCAGGGAGUUUCUAACAGCCAGGCAUUCAGGUUUCAAUCCCUUACAGUUUUCCUGAGAGAUGAAACCGUGAAUAAGAUGAUUGUAGGAAAUGAGUAUAAAAUUAUUGGAAUUCCAACCUGUGUCAAAACCUCACAAAAUACUGUCUGUGUAGAGGCAAAUAGCAUCAGUUUUUACAAUCCAAAAGUUCCUUCAGGAAUUAGUGACAACUUCAAGUGUCUUCUCUCCUUAACUUCCACCUCAUGUUGGAAGUUUACAGCAAUACUUGCCAACAUCUUUGCAUCACAAAUUGUUCCUCCUGGGACUUAUAAUUUGCUCAAGCUCUCUUUGUUGAUGAGUCUAGUACAAACAAGUGCUUGUAAGAAGGAGCUGGAAGAUUGCCUAGAUAUCUUAAUUGUAACAAAUGAUACUCUACUUAUAGACAGGCUUCUGAAGUUUAGUAUAACACUUAUACCCCGUGGUAUACAUCAUCCAGUAUCUUCUGAAAUUUUCCCUACUCUAUCCAGGAAUAAAUAUGGAACAGGAGCAGUUAGCAUUCAAGGUGGUAGUGCUUUGCUAGCUAAAGGUGGUAUCUGCUUUAUAGGCGACUUGUCUUUAUACAAAAAGGAAAAACUUGAAGAGCUUCAGUCAGUCCUAGAGAGCAGAAGCAUCACAGUUUACAUUCCAGGAAAGAAGUCUGGGGAUGAUACAGAUCGGCAAAUGGCUUUCCCAGUUCAGUGUAGUUUUUGGUCUUUUGUUGAUAUGGAUUCAUCACCAAGAAGAAAUGUGCAGAAAACAAACACUCUGAUUGGUCAGAUGGAUUGCAGUUUGAUUCCAGCUAAUCUUAUUGAGGCAUUUGGAUUACUGAUUAACUGCAAUGAUUCAUCUCCUUGUCACCCACUUUUCCCGACUGUACACCAUACUCUAAAAAAAGCCAUUGAUCCAGAAGGGCUGCUUUAUGUAGCAUCUAAACAAUUCACAACUGAAGAUUUUAAGAAGCUUCUGGCUUUUGCAAAUAAUUUGGAUGUAAAAUUCAGUUUGGAGGCAGAAAGAAUGAUUCAUGGCUAUUAUCUAGCAAGCCGCAGAAUCAGAACAGAUUCUAUAUGUGGAUCAAAACUGUCAUCAUCAUCAUUAAAAUAUUUAGUUGCUCUAGCUGAAGCACAUACUCGCCUGAACUUAAGGAAUAAAGUCCUUAAAGAAGAUGUAUUAAUUGCAGCUUUAUUAUUUGAAACAUCUCUCACAUUGAAAUAUGGGGCCACUCCAUUUUGUGUUGCUCCAAAUGCUGUAUUUCCAUAUGAACAGUACAAUGAAGAAUACUUGGAACAAAGGGAUAUGUAUCUGACUCAGUGCCAACAACAGCUCCAGCAGUUUAUUGCCGCUUAUGGACCUGGAACAGCAAUUUUCUCCAGUGAUGAAUAACCAAUCUAAGGAA